AAAUACCGUCAUGUCAAAUAAAUGAACAUCAAGUUCAGGGUUAAAAUUUUUGGAUUUUCAAAUUCAAUCUAAAUUAGUAAUGUUUAUUAAUUUAUAUUAUUGAGCUGGUUAAAUUAAAAAUUUCCGUAGUAGUUUCAAGUGAUUAACAAGAAAUUAAUAAUUUAAAAUCAAAAUGUGUGAUGAUGAUGACGAAGAGGUUAUAACUCAAGGCGGAGUGCUGCACCAACAUUUAUUAGCAAACGGAUUAUGUGAUUUUGAAGUCAAUAAUAAAUCACGACAAGAACAGCUCAAUCUUCAUGUUAAAAAAGUUGAAUCCAAAUAUAAGUCGAUGCCCUUCUUCAAUAUGUUUAUUCCUUACAAAAAGUGCAAUAUGUCUCUUAUACAAGAAAUUAGGAACUGCCAUUUAUUACUAGAAGAAGAUGCUUUAUAUUUAGAAUCAAUAUGUCCGACAGUUCAGGAAGAACCUGCCGGCAUUGGAAAAGCAGCUGGCAUAGGUGUUGCUGUUGCCUGGCCUAUGAUGUUACUAUGUCAUACUCCAUGUAAGAAGGUUUUAGCAAUGACCAUUGCCGGGCUAGGGCUUUUAUCAAUUCGACAACUGAUUGGAGCUUUUCGACAAAAAUUUGAUCAAAGGUUGAUGUGUAGUCUAGUCAGAGCAUUAAGAGGAUUUUCAGCUAUUUGUAGAAAAUCUCAACUUCUAGCACAAGAAUGGGAAAGCAUUGCGGGAAGCAUGAAUAUUUUAAAGGAUACGGCACUAUUGAGAGCAAAAAUGUGUGGCAUUGAUGAACUUAAGGAAGAUUUAGUAAAAUUUUUGCGAUUGUGUGUUAUCAAUUUAACUGAAUCGAGUCGAGAUAUUGUGAAUAUAACUACUGGAAAUGAUUUGCACCCAUUAUGCAUGGAAGUUAUGAGAAGUGAAGUUAUGAUUGAACAAACUAACAGUAUUUCUAAAGCCAAGAAAUUGCACUACCUAUUUGUUUUGGUGCAAUCAGACUUCUUAAAAAAUUUGGCUGUUAGCUUUAUGCCCUCAAAAAAAUCUGUAUCUAAUAUGGCUGCUUGUGUGGCAACUGUUAAAAAUUGUAUUUCCAACACAACAAAGCAUGUACAAGAGUGCACAAGAUUAUUGACGCAAAGGUAUGAAGUUCUGAAAAACUUUACACCACAGGCUAGGAUGACUGCAAAUGUUUAUAAACAAUACAAUAGAUAUUCAACUUUUGGGGACGUGAGACAGACUGUUAAUAAUAUUACUGUAUGUCUGGAAGCUUUAACUUUGCAAUCUUUACUUGUUCAACGUGCACUAGAUGGUUAUGAUGAUAAUUCGAUACAAGAUAAUUCAGGAAAUAAGUCUGAUAUUGAUAGAAUUAGUUCUGUAACUGAGGAUGCAUUGUUGGGAUUGCAAUCAGAUCUUCAUGCCGCGCAGUGUUCUGUUGAAUUAGCAGCACGGCAAUUGGCCAAGUUACGAAAAUUAGAUAAAGAAAAACGAGUUCAAGAACAAACUGAAGAUGCUGAAAGUGGCAUGCUGAAUGUUCAUAGGCAUCCAGAAAUUCACACACAAGUUAGAAAACUUGAUGAAAUUCCUGAUGACAUACAUGAUGAAAUUUUUGAGUUAUGUGAAAGACUGUCAGAUGAUGAAGAAGAUGAUUCAGAUGCAAACGACCAUAAUUUACAUGAGAUUAUACAAAAGAGAGCUGAGGACAGAGUUGCUGGAAGACUGAUAAAAGAACUCAAGACUGCUCUGUUGGUCAAACGUGCUGAAAUGUUAGAACGGGAAGAAGUGGUCAGAUCAAUUAAGAAUGGAUUUAAUCGACAAAUGUCAACACAGACCUAUGAACAAGAAGAAACUCCGUCAGAAAUGAUAGCUUCUAUUAUGAAAACCUAUAAUGAGGAAAUGGCUUUUAGAGGCUCAACUUCUGGAUCACAGAAUGGUUCAAAGAUGAAUAAAGUAGAUGCUUGCACCUUAAACUCUAUGAAAGACCAAGAAAGUUUGAAUUCGACUGGCAUAUCACAAAAUAUUUCAUUGAUAAAAAAUGAAAUGUUGGAUGAAGCAAGUAUGCAAAAACAAGAGAGUGAAUAUGAAUUUAAUUUUAUGCUUGAAGAUAGUGUACGUGACGAGUGUGGAUACACAGAUUUAAAGAUUUUACGCAAAUUUUCAUUUUUAUCUAUUUUCAUCAAAUACUUAAAACCUUCUUCAACUUGA